UGGGGGCGGGGCCACUCCGAGCUUCUUUCUCCUAAAGUAGGGUGCCAGCGGGAGGCGGCGGCUGCUCCUCCGCAGUGUUGGGAAGAUGGCGCCGCCGGUGACGGAGCGGGGGCUGAAGAGCGUGGUGUGGCAGAAGAUCAAAGCAACAGUGUUUGAUGACUGCAAGAAAGAAGGCGAAUGGAAGAUAAUGCUUUUAGAUGAAUUUACCACUAAGCUUUUGGCAUCGUGUUGCAAAAUGACAGAUCUUCUAGCAGAGGGUAUAACUGUUGUGGAGAAUAUUUAUAGGAAUCGAGAACCUGUCAGACAAAUGAAAGCUCUUUAUUUUAUCUCUCCAACAUCAAAGUCUGUAGAAUGUUUUUUACGUGAUUUUGCAAGUAAGUCCGAGAACAAAUACAAAGCAGCAUAUAUAUACUUCACUGACUUUUGCCCUGAUAGUCUCUUUAACAAAAUUAAGACUUCUUGCUCCAAAUCAAUAAGAAGAUGUAAAGAAAUAAAUAUUUCCUUCAUUCCACUUGAAUCUCAGGUUUAUACUCUUGAUGUACCGGAUGCAUUCUAUUACUGUUACAGUCCGGACCCUAGUAAUGCAAAUGGAAAAGAUGCCGUUAUGGAAGCAAUGGCUGAGCAGAUAGUUACUGUAUGUGCUACCCUGGAUGAAAACCCUGGAGUAAGAUAUAAAAGUAAACCUCUAGAUAAUGCCAGUAAGCUUGCCCAGCUUGUUGAAAAAAAACUUGAAAACUACUACAAGAUUGAUGAAAAGAGCCUAAUAAAGGGUAAAACUCAUUCCCAGCUCAUAAUAAUUGAUCGUGGCUUUGAUCCUGUGUCCACUGUCCUGCAUGAACUGACCUUUCAGGCAAUGGCAUAUGAUCUACUGCCAAUUGAGAAUGAUACAUACAAAUACAAAACAGAUGGGAAAGAAAAGGAGGCCGUCCUUGAAGAAGAUGAUGACCUCUGGGUCAGAAUUCGACAUCGGCAUAUUGCAGUUGUAUUAGAGGAAAUUCCCAAACUAAUGAAGGAAAUUUCAUCAACAAAGAAAGCAACAGAAGGAAAGACAUCACUUAGUGCUCUUGCGCAACUGAUGAAAAAGAUGCCCCAUUUCCGUAAACAGAUUACUAAGCAAGUUGUCCAUCUUAACUUAGCAGAAGAUUGCAUGAAUAAAUUCAAGCCUAAUAUAGAAAAGCUCUGCAAAAGUGAACAGGACCUGGCACUUGGAACUGAUGCAGAAGGACAGAAAGUGAAAGAUUCUAUGCGAGUACUUCUUCCAGUUCUACUCAACAAAAAUCAUGAUAAUUACGAUAAAAUAAGAGCGAUUCUACUUUACAUCUUCAGUAUUAAUGGAACUACAGAAGAAAAUUUGGACAGGUUGAUCCAGAAUGUAAAGAUAGAAAAUGAGAGUGACAUGAUCCGUAACUGGAGUUACCUUGGUGUUCCCAUUGUCCCCCCAUCUCAACAAGGCAAACCAUUAAGAAAGGAUAGGUCUACAGAAGAAACUUUUCAACUCUCCCGAUGGACACCUUUUAUCAAAGAUAUUUUGGAGGAUGCCAUCGAUAAUAGAUUAGAUUCAAAAGAAUGGCCAUAUUGUUCCCAGUGUCCAGCAGUAUGGAAUGGCUCAGGGGCUGUAAGUGCUCGCCAGAAGCCCAGAGCUAAUUAUUUAGAGGACAGGAAAAAUGGCUCAAAACUGAUUGUUUUUGUAAUUGGAGGAAUUACAUACUCUGAAAUGCGUUGUGCUUAUGAAGUUUCUCAGGCACAUAAAUCCUGUGAAGUUAUUAUUGGUUCUACGCAUAUUUUAACACCCAGAAAGCUUUUGGAUGAUAUAAAGAUGCUGAAUAAACCCAAGGAUAAAGUCUCCUUAAUUAAGGAUGAAUAGGGAUUUUUUUUUUUUUUGGAGAUUCUUAUUAAUAUGUUCAACUAAAAUAGAUCAAGACAAGGUUGCUACCAUGUAAUUUAACACUGUAAAUAUUUUAUGGAAUAAUGAUUUUUCAAACAUACUUCUUAAGGGACUUUAUGAUUACAUAUCUUUGGAUUUGCCAUGUUUAAUAAUUUAAAUAGUGUUGUUGCUUUGUAGAUGAUGAGAAGAAAUGUUAAAAUGCUUUCUAAAAGGAAAUUUUUCUCCUUUGGAACUGAAUAUAUUAGAAUUGUGGGUAAUUUUUCACAACUACCUAUGUACAUAUUAAUUACUUACCAGAUGCUUAUCUGUCUUAUACUGAAAUAUAGUUUUUUGGGAAAGAAUUAUUUUAAGUGAAAAGGUAGUAAAAGUAAAAACUUUAAGUGUGUGUAUGAUAGAAUGAUUUUCUAUAAGUGCAGGUUUUUUUCCAUUUGAAAUUCAUAAUUUCUUUUAUGUGUAAAAUAGUAUUGUCAUUAAUAGAAAUAAUUUCACAGUGUAUACUGUCUUCCCAGAUACUUCUAAAGAACACAAUUUUAUGUAAUUUCAGAAUCACGUAUGUUUAAAUUAGAAAGCCAAAAUUAAUUGUGAAUAUUCUAAGAGAAAAUAAAUGUAUAGUUACAAAAAUUAUCUUUUUGGGGGCAGGGGAGGAGAGGGAAGUUGGGAACUUAAAAAUUCUAAAUCAGAGAGUUACAAAAAAAAAAAAAAAAAAGAAUGCACCAUAAUCUUCCCAUCAAGAUAGCCUGGGUUGAUAUUCUAUAAAAACAAUGUAAUAUUUGUAUAGGUUGGAUAAUAUAAGGAUGUGUUUGCACAGGUAUUACACAAAAGGAAUGUCUUCAUUUCAAAUACCUCUUUCAACCUGUCCUCCUAGUGUUGUCACAUUAGGGACCAUAAUUUUAUAUAUUACUCAUCUUCAGAGUUUUGCUUAUAUAUAAUGCUGCAUUAUUUGGGUACAUAACCUUCGCAAACACUCAAAUUUUUAUAAUAUAAAUUUCUAGCAAUGGCA